CUGAAGGUUCAUGAAGCCAUUUUGAUUCAAAAUUUUGCUUAUUUCCUUCAUUAAAGUUCUGUUGUCAAAGUCUUAAAGUUUAAGUAGAGACUGCUUUAAUUCAUCUGAACUCUCCAGGAAUUUAACAAGCUUGUAUAGUUAUUUGCAAUUGCUCCCCUCUCAUUCAUCUUCUAGAUCUCUACUGCCUGUAAUAUCUAUUUGUAUAAUUUUGCACCCUCUCAUAGAAGUCUUCAGAUUGAUUUUAUGGCUUUGAAUCAAUUUGCAGUGUGUCAUCGAAAAUGUAUUGACAUGCCUGAAUGCAGACAAAAGCCUUGCCAACAGCUUUGAAGGCAUCAAUGUCCAUCACAUACUAAACUCCUCGACAAUCUUAUAAGAGAUCUUGGCCAAGAACCUGCAGUCAGAAAUUCCGAGUGGAAUAGAAACUCGCUGGUUGUUGAAAGUCAAAGAGUCUAUCUUAGCAGGGUAUUUAACUCUUUAGUGGCCAAAUUCAUUUGGUUUAGGCUUAAAAAUACCGAAAUAUUCUAAGUUAGGAGCUAUAAUUUUAGAACAAUCUUUAACCAAGACUUUAUAAUUGUAUGAACGAUAAUUCAAGUAAACCUUAGGCCCAAAAUCAUUUAUCCUUUUUGAAUGAUUAUAGCUUCAGUUUUGAAUAACUUCUUUUGAGAUCAUCAUCUCGUCUUCCACAACCUUAUUGUUAUA